GAGGAAAGGCACCGAAUCUGAGUCCCCUCUCCUCCUUGCUCUGGUUCAGCGAGCCUCGCUCUGCUGUGCUCCACCUCCAUUGCUCUCACGACGAUCCCAUCGACACAUCGAUGGAGUUGUUCGCAGGCCGAGGCGCAGCGACCGCCGACGAAGGCGGCCGAGACCGCCGCUUCCCCGAGCCUCCGAGGCAUCACGCUCCUGCAGAAGACUCGUCGUCGUCGAUGCUGGUGAUCAGGGACGCGCUGCUGUCGCAGCUCCAGAAGGACCGACUUCGCCAGGAGAUUAUCCUGGCCGAGCUCGCCAAGAUUGAGCGCGCCAUGGCCCUGCGCGCCGCCGACGUCGACCGUGCUAACCCCGGGGCGCCCUUCUCCUUCCUCGAGCUCGAGGAGAUGCCGCGCAGCAGGGACGCGGUUGGUCCUGCAGACCAUGGUAUUGUCGCCGCCGAUGUGGACAACGAUCUGAAGAAGAAGAAGAAGAAGAAGAAGAAAGAUGGAGUGCGCGGGGGUGUGCAACUCGAGUCCCACAAGCCUCCCACGGAAGAUCGCGUCCGUGAAUCCCUGAGAACUUCUUGUGGUGCCGGUAACGCGGCAGGUCAGCAAAAUGCAGCACUUGAUGAGCGCAAACUACAAGAACCCAAUGAGACUACGUUGCACAAGAAGACGGCGCCUUCUUCAGUGAAAUGGAGCUGUGACAUCUGCCGGGUGGAAGCACCCACCGAGAGCCACUUACAACAGCAUUUUGCAGGGCAGAAACACCAGUCUAAAGUAGCUGCCUUGGUAUCAAGAAACAAUGCCUACAGUCAGAAAGCAAAGGCACCUGCUGCGAAAUCCGAAAAUGUGCGGCAAUAUGACGAAAAGCCGCGUCUAACUUGGGUCUGCUGGUUCUGCCAAUCCAACUGCACCUGCAAAUCAAACCUGGAGGACCACCUGAGAGGCAAAAGACACAAAGCAAAGGUCCAAUCCCUGCUGGAGGAAUGCAAGAACAUGGCAGUGAAUUGUGGGUCGCUGAAUUCACAACCAAACCUUGUGAAACAGGAUGAAGAGAAAAACCCUGCUUCAACAUGGAAUUGCAGCCUCUGCCAAGCCAAGUGCAGUCAUCAGUCAGACUUGGCGAACCACCUAAGAGGCAAGAGACACCAGCUUAAUUUUCUGGUUCUACAGGUAGAAGGCAAGCAGUAUCUCUCAGAAUGGGGCUGCGGUAUCUGUCAGGCGAAAUGUAACUCUGUAUCUCAGUUUGAGAAUCACUGCAGCAGCAGGGGACACCAACAGAAGGUAGAAGCUCUACGGAAAGGAGGCCAAAUUGCAAGCUCAAGUGGUUCCAAGACAGCUAAGUGUGCAAGCUCUGAGGAGACGGAGAUACAUAGGGCGACAUACUUUUGCAAGCUUUGCUAUUUGCACUGCAACAGCAAGAAUACACUAGCCGAGCAUCGGAAGGGGAAGAAGCACACAGAGAAGGUGGAGCAACGGAUGUCGUUGAGUUUUUGCGAGAUUUGCAAUCUGCAAUGCAACAGCGAAAAGAUGCUCGCUCACCAUCGUACUGGGAAGGGUCAUCUGUCAAAGCUCAACAACUAAUGAUUGGAGAGGCUGUGGAGCGAGAAAUGACAGCACCAUCCAUUCAUCUUGAAGAUAUUCAAUUGGAUUUUCAUUUACCAAGUCUUACAACCUAUUAUUUGACAUGAUAAUUUAUUUAACAUAAUUUAUGUUGCUGCUACUUUAUUGCAAUGCUUGCAUCAGUUUGAUCA